UUGUUCUAAGCUCCGUGGGUUGCUUGAGAUCUUGCUGUUAUUGCGUGCCGUGCUCACUUUUUUUGCAAUCCGAGGAAUGAAUUUGUCGUUUACUCGUUUUGGUGGAUUAUUAGCGCGAAAAAAAAACUCUUUUUUUUUUGUUCUUUUACUACGAAAAGCAUCUUCUUGGAUUUUGCUAUCUUCUUUUACUACGAAAAACUCUUGAGUCUAGGAAUUUGAAUUUGUGAUGUCCAUUCUUGCAGUGCGCUGUGCUUUAUUGGGAAGCCAAAUCCUAUUAUUUUCUGCCUCUAGGGUCUGAAUGGAAUCAGUACUCUUGAGACAGAAAAUCAAUCCAAUCAAGUUGAUUUCUUUCUUUAAAAAUAUUAUCACAGAACUAAGUGCUUGUGCGGAAUCAGUACUGGCUUUUGUUUGGUGGAGGAUCAAUACUUGCUUUUGUUUGGGGGUGGCAACUGUUUUGCUAUAAGAUUCCAUGUGUUCCUGUUGAGAUGAAUCAUAUAUAGUAUAGCUGCAUACUACAAAUCUGUUUUUCAAAUUUAGGUUGCUUUGGCAUGAUCUAUUUUUUUGUCAGACAGACUUUCUAAGUGUAUUCUGAACCAUCGAGCCAUGGCUGCCAAGCUGACUCGCCUCCACAGUCUUCGCGAACGCCUUGGUGCCACCUUCUCCUCCCAUCCCAAUGAACUGAUAGCACUCUUUUCCAGGUAUGUUCACCAGGGCAAGGGAAUGCUUCAGCGCCAUCAGCUGCUUGCGGAGUUUGAUGCCCUGUUUGAUAGUGACAAGGAGAAGUAUGCACCCUUUGAAGACAUUCUUCGUGCUGCUCAGGAAGCAAUUGUGCUCCCCCCAUGGGUUGCACUUGCUAUCAGGCCAAGGCCUGGUGUCUGGGAUUACAUUCGGGUGAAUGUAAGUGAGCUGGCUGUGGAGGAGCUGAGUGUUUCUGAGUACUUGGCAUUCAAGGAACAGCUGGUGGAUGGACAAUCCAACAGCAACUUUGUGCUUGAGCUUGAUUUUGAGCCCUUCAAUGCCUCCUUUCCUCGUCCUUCCAUGUCGAAGUCCAUCGGAAAUGGAGUGCAAUUCCUUAACCGACACCUGUCGUCCAAGUUGUUCCAGGACAAGGAGAGUUUGUACCCCUUGCUGAACUUCCUCAAGGCUCAUAACUACAAGGGCACGACGAUGAUGUUGAAUGACAGAAUCCAAAGCCUUCGUGGUCUCCAAUCAUCCCUGAGAAAGGCAGAGGAGUAUCUACUGAGUGUUCCUCAAGACACUCCCUACUCGGAGUUCAACCAUAGGUUCCAAGAGCUUGGCUUGGAGAAGGGUUGGGGUGACACUGCGAAGCGUGUACUCGACACACUCCACUUGCUUCUCGACCUUCUGGAGGCCCCUGAUCCUGCCAACUUGGAGAAGUUCCUUGGAACUAUACCAAUGAUGUUCAACGUUGUUAUCCUGUCUCCUCAUGGCUACUUCGCCCAGUCCAAUGUGCUUGGAUACCCUGACACUGGCGGUCAGGUUGUGUACAUUCUGGAUCAGGUCCGUGCUUUGGAGAAUGAGAUGCUUCUGAGGAUUAAGCAGCAAGGCCUUGAUAUCACUCCGAAGAUCCUCAUUGUUACCAGGCUGUUGCCUGAUGCUGCUGGGACUACGUGCGGUCAGCGGCUGGAGAAGGUCAUUGGUACUGAGCACACAGACAUCAUUCGCGUUCCCUUCAGAAAUGAGAAUGGCAUCCUCCGCAAGUGGAUCUCUCGUUUUGAUGUCUGGCCAUACCUGGAGACAUACACUGAGGAUGUUUCCAGUGAAAUAAUGAAAGAAAUGCAGGCCAAGCCUGACCUUAUCAUUGGCAACUACAGCGAUGGCAACCUAGUCGCCACUCUGCUCGCGCACAAGUUGGGAGUCACUCAGUGUACCAUCGCUCAUGCCUUGGAGAAAACCAAAUACCCCAACUCGGACAUAUACUUGGACAAAUUCGACAGCCAGUACCACUUCUCUUGCCAGUUCACAGCUGACCUUAUUGCCAUGAACCACACCGAUUUCAUCAUCACCAGCACAUUCCAAGAAAUCGCGGGAAGCAAGGACACCGUGGGGCAGUACGAGUCCCACAUCGCGUUCACUCUUCCUGGGCUCUACCGUGUCGUCCAUGGCAUCGAUGUUUUCGAUCCCAAGUUCAACAUUGUCUCCCCUGGAGCAGACAUGAGUGUUUACUACCCGUAUACGGAAACCGACAAGAGACUCACUGCCUUCCAUCCUGAAAUCGAGGAGCUCAUCUACAGCGACGUCGAGAACUCCGAGCACAAGUUCGUGCUGAAGGACAAGAAGAAGCCGAUCAUCUUCUCGAUGGCGCGUCUCGACCGCGUGAAGAACAUGACAGGCCUGGUCGAGAUGUACGGCAAGAACGCGCGCCUGAGGGAGCUGGCGAACCUCGUGAUCGUUGCCGGUGACCACGGCAAGGAGUCCAAGGACAGGGAGGAGCAGGCGGAGUUCAAGAAGAUGUACAGCCUCAUCGACGAGUACAAGUUGAAGGGCCAUAUCCGGUGGAUCUCGGCGCAGAUGAACCGCGUCCGCAACGGGGAGCUGUACCGCUACAUUUGCGAUACGAAGGGCGCAUUCGUGCAGCCUGCGUUCUACGAAGCGUUCGGCCUGACUGUGAUCGAGUCCAUGACGUGCGGUCUGCCAACGAUCGCGACCUGCCAUGGUGGCCCUGCUGAGAUCAUCGUGGACGGGGUAUCUGGCCUGCACAUUGACCCUUACCACAGCGACAAGGCCGCGGAUAUCCUGGUCAACUUCUUUGACAAAUGCAAGGCAGAUCCGAGCUACUGGGACAAGAUCUCACAGGGCGGCCUGCAGAGAAUCUAUGAGAAGUACACCUGGAAGCUCUACUCCGAGAGGCUGAUGACCCUGACCGGCGUGUACGGGUUCUGGAAGUACGUGAGCAACCUGGAGAGGCGCGAGACCCGCCGCUACAUCGAGAUGUUCUACGCCCUGAAGUACCGUAGCCUGGCAAGCCAGGUUCCGCUGUCCUUCGAUUAGUACGGGGAAAGAAGAAGAAGAAGAAGCCCAGGCCGGAGAACCAUCGCCUGCAUUUCGAUCUGUUUCACCGCAAUUCGCAUUGUUAGUCGUGUAUUGGAGUUAUGUGUACUUGGUUUCCAAGAACUUUGGUUCCUUCUCGUUUUUUUUCCUUGUUUGAGCGUUUUUGGGCAGCGCUGGCCUGGUUCCUAGUAUGGUGGGAAUUGGCUGCACCUUUUGCUUCGAAUAAAAAUGCCUGCUCGUUCACCUGUC